AGCGUACAAUGAAAUCCAGUUGGAUGUGUGGUCAUGUUUUCGCUGGUGGCUUGUUGCGUCGCGUGUCGUAAUUCACGACAAGCGUCUAAUUGUUAAAUAAAUUCGCAGUGUAAACACCGAGCGUAUGCUCGCAUGGUGCAUCACUAACACCUCCAGCGUCAACGACGACCCUUCUGGUUCCUUCAUAGACUCACGCACGCAGAGCGCGGCAAGGCCAUUAUUUGAGGUUAACCAACUGACUUUCGAGCAUUUUCUUCAAUAAAAUGAAUAACUCGCGAUACAAUGGCACGCCAAUGUUGAGUCCCAUCGGACGCAAUGGCCAACGCUUCGAGGCCACUUCGAUGACAAAUCUUCUAACACCAACAAAGAGCAACAAAUCGCUCUUGUCUUCAACUAGGAUUACACCACUCCGUUCAACACCAAGAUAUGCUUUGUCAAAGCCUAUGGAGUCAAGGAGUCCACUGACAAGCACUCAUUUCAAUUCUAAUUCAACAUUCUACAUACCAAGUAAAGUGAAUAAAUCACCACAAAUUGAGCAGCCUACCAGGGAGAGUACACCAACCCAUCAAGCAAAGUAUGGCCGGCCUGGCCUAUUUCCGGUGGUGCACUUCUUUCAGAAGAAAGUGCCUGUAAUAACUCCCAAACAAAAUAGCUGUGUGAUAAAGUUGUCUUCAAAUGGGCCCGGCUUGUUUGAUGAUACUUUGGACACAGCUUAUGAGUCCCAGAAUAUUGUUAACAACACACAGGCGGCUGCGGAAUCAAGUACGCGUAGUGUCCUUGACGCGCUGAAAGAGAUCUCAAGAAAACGAAUUCAUGGUGCAGACAAUUAUGACAAAGAUAAGGAUAAAUCCAAUGAAUAUUCAAAGAGGAAUCGCGAAGAAGACUCAAGUUUAUCCCCCAAAAGCGGUGCGGCUAGUCCACAACAAGCCCCGAAGAGGAUCUGCGUCGUUGAUCCAAUUUAUGCAUCAAAUACUUCGAGUUUUUGCUUGAAAAAUAACAAAAGAAAGUUGUAUGAGUGUUGGUUGCCUAGCAAUGAAAACAAAAAUAAAAAAGUAAUGUCCGUCGAAACCCAAACUCAAACCACCAGCACUACCACAACCGAAACGAAAAGCGUUUCGGUACAAGAUGACGUCCCCGCCACGAUUGAAACGACUGAGAAAUCCACGUCUUCCACGAACAACGAAGCUGAAACCAAGAAAGACUGCGAUAACAAUGAAACAAAUGACGAUUCGGGUGAAACGAUUGCUUCGGCUCAACGCGCCUGGGAUGAGAAGAUCUACGCCAUUCAGAAAAAGAAUAAAUUAGCGAUUGUUCUGAGUCGAAUCACCGGUGAAGAACCAAAGUUGAUUCCUGUACCAAGACUGUGGGAUAAAACACCGAAUGAUGUCACUGAUUCCAAUCAGAGUUCCAAUAUAAUCAAGAAUGUUGAAAGUUCAAGUGGUAUAGUAUCCAGUGCGAGUUCCACUGGUUUCAAUUUCAUGGUGAACGGCGAAUCUAAGCCGCGGAAUGAAAAUGACAAACAAGAAGAAUCGUCUUCUUCUAUUGUCACUACUUCGACGAGUGGAUUGAAUGUAAGUUUUGUUAAAACACCCGCUGUGACAUCGACAACCACAAGUGGCAUGGCACCGAUUUCCUCCUCGUUCUCAACUUUGAGUGGAAAUGCAGCUGUGGGGAAAGACACUGCUAAGAAUCCAAUGUCGCUUGCAACUACAUUAGGUGUUAGCAGCAGCAUUGAGAGCUUUUCUAGUUUGCCCAGCAGCUCAUCAUCAACUCCCACAUUUAAUUUUUCUUCUCCAAAGUCGAGUGUGUCGGCAAUGUCAACUAUGACCACACCUCUUGUUAAAUCUACGGUUACAACCGCUUCGGGUAAUAGUUUUGCAUUUGGAUCGAACCUAACAGCAGUCACUGCAACAACGACGAAUAUUGCUUCGGCAAAAGAAGAUCCACCAGCGGCUGGUUUUAAAUUUGGCGGUGAUACUCCCAAAACUGUUGUUUCUACUGCUGCAUCUAGUAGUAGUAGUGGUUUUGGCACUGCAGGCAGCACAAGUACUAGUGUUUCACCUUUUACAUUGAAGCCUAGUAUCACUAACGUUCCCUCAACGUCAACCGAAGCAUUUACUGCUCCAACAUUGAAAACUUCCGCCUUUUCCGCUCCUGUUGCUACAUCAGAGAAAACUACUGUUUCUAUAGCGUCUCCGAAUAGUUCAAUAGCUGCUUCGAACUCAUCAAACCCUCCAAUUGCAUUUGGUGCAACUGGUAAAAGCCUAUUCGGACCGGGAAAGGUUGAAAGCGUUAGUUUUGCGACUGCGUUUGGUCUUAAUUCUACUGCCACAGGAACUGCUACUACAAACUCUGCUCCCAAAAAUAUUACAUUUGAUACCGGACCAACUACGACCACCACUGGUGGAUUUUCCUUCAAACCAUCGGAAGAAAUCAAACCGGCGGCUGGUAUUUCCAGCGGGAAUAUUUUUGGAAGUACAGGAACAACUACAACUACAUCGACAAGUGGGUUUUCCGCUUCGAUAUUUGGUGGGAAUGCAAAUAAUGCAGACAAACCAACAAGUUCAGCGCCUAGUUUUGGUUCUUCUUUUGGGGCUAGUUCUUCUGCUGUAACUACUGCUUCAACCGGAUUUGGAAUGCUUGCCACACCGGCAUCUUUAACUGCUUCACCAGCAACAACUGUGAAACCAUUCGCAUCUGUUUUUGGUACGAGCGCGCCUUCAGUAACUACAGCAGCACCUAGUUUUGGUAGUACACCAGCUGCUAGCACCACUGUACCGACUUUUGGUGGAUUUACCACUACUACACAACCAGCUGCAUUUGAUAGUGCUGCCAGUACAACUGGUCAACAACCAUCAGCAUUUGGUGCCACUACUGGUACUGUACAAAAAUCAACUUUUGGUAGUAUUACUGGUACUACAAGUUCUGCAGGUGGUAAAUUUUCAUUCGGAGCUUCUAACGCCACCAACGCUCCUCCUCCAUCAUACGCUGCGAGCGUUGCAACCACUACCACUGCCGGUGGUGCAUUUGGUAGCAGUACAACUUCGAGUACAGCUCCAGGAUUUGGGUUUGGAUCGACUGCAACCACACCAGCAGCUGGGACAAGCUUUGGUAGUACGCCCGCACCUAGCUUUGGCUCUACCCAACCAACAUUUGGAAGUACAUCGAAUGCCGGGGCAACAACAGCUCCGUCUGCAUUUGGUGCACCUACAACCACUGCCAACGCUCCAGUAUUUGGUUUCGGUGGAAAUGCAACAAGCAAACCAGCGAGUACUGGUUUUGGAGCAACUUCGAGUACUGGCGGAUUUGGAUUCAGCUCGCCUAGCACCGCACCGCCAUCAGCAACUGGAUCAACAUUUGGACAAAGUGGAGCAACAAGUGGGCCAGUCUUCAGUUUCGGACAGACUUCAGCACCGACCACAACCAACUCUUUUGGAUUCGGAGCGGCCGCUCCAGCUACAACAACACCAGCAUUUGGAUCUUCGGGUUUUGGCGCUUCGGGAAACACUUUUGGCUCACCGGCCACGACACAAUCAUCUGGUUUUGGUUCCGCGCCCAAUGUCAAUCCAUUCGGAAAAUCCGCAACUUCAGCUUUUGGUGCUCCUUCCGCAUCCUCCUCCACAACUACUGCUUUUGGUGCUCCGGCAUCUCAACCCACCCCAGCUUUCGGAGCAUCGUCUCCACCAGCGAAUAAUUCAUCAUUUGGCUUUGCUUUCGGUCAAACUGCGGCUGCGCAAACAUCGAAUUUCAAUUCUUUCGGUGCGGCUGCUCCACCAGCAGCGAAUAACACUUCUUUUGCUUUUGGUUCCACUAGUAACACAUCCGGUUUCGGUUCAGUCCCCAAUACUCAGCCUGCUUUCGGUGCAACUCCUUCAUCUGGUAAACCCGUUUUUGCGUUUGGUGGGCCGGAGACUAAACCAGCCGCGGGCGGAUUUAACUUUUCCGGCGCUGCUGCUCCAGCAGUACCUACUAAUUUCGGUGCGGCUUUUGGCGCUAGCUCUCCGCAACAACCGGGCAUGUUCAGCAUCGGUUCUGGCGCAUCCGCACCUGGUAAACGCCCUCAGCUACGAGGAAAACGCCGCACUUAAAAUUUAAAGUUAAGCGUUUGUCGAGUUAUCGAAAUGUAAUUAUAAAAUUUUGUGAUAUGUGACGCUAGCAUGUUUAAUUACAAAACAAACUAGAUAAAUUUUUAUAAUAUAUUUGUAGCGUUAUACACUUGGAAAAUGUGAUAUUCGUAAUUACUCAUGCUUGCAGAUGCAUACUCUCUUAUAUACAAUGUUAUUCUAAUAAUUGUAAUUGAAAAUUAUGUUUCUCGCUAUUUUACUGUCGAAUUUGAAUAGAGAACGUGAAACUUGAGACACGUAGAAAUAUAAA